AUGGGGUCGCCGUCGGUAAUGGAUGAGGUGCGGAAGGUGAUGGCGAUGGUGACUGAGGGCAACGAGCAGCUGCAGCAGGCGCAGGAGCAGGCAUCGGUCGCCAUUCGCGAAACGACGGCGGCCGCGCGGCAGCAGAUGGCGGUCAUGGAAGCUGCAGCGUCGGAGCAGCUGCUGGAAGCGAAGGCGUCACUCGAGGUGGCUCGUGAGGUUUACACGCAAUACGAGGACGUUUUCUUCCACCACCUCAAGAGGCCCCGCAAGAUGCUGUAUCGAGCAACGUUUGGUCGGUUUCAAACCCCAGAGGUUCUGGUGGAGUCAGCAGAGCGCAAGCUGGAGGGUCUGAAGCAGUCAGUGGAGGUCUUUAAGAACGACACCAAGAAGUUGCAGGAACGGGCUCAAAUGGCGGAGUCAGAGUUUCUGUCAGGCCGAGACAAGCUGAAGGCUGCAGGGGCUGAGAUGCAACGGCUGGCAGGGUCUGUACGGGCAGCAGAGAAAAAGUCUCUGGGGCUUCGAGAGCUUCUAAAAGACCUGCCUGCGAGAGAUAGCGUUCGGUUGAGAUCAGAGCUGGCUAUGGCGACCCGAGAUGCUCAACGACAGCUGCAUGCCAUCAACAAGACAACUGUGCAUGUGGCUCGUCUCGGCAUCCCUAUCUAG